UUUUAAUGGCAAUUCUUGACUCGAGUCAAAUCGUCUCUCUUGCAUCAGAGUGGUAUAUUCUGCGAAUGAUGCAUGUUGCAACGAUUACUGUCUUGACAUACGACUACUUGCUGACAAUAGGACGUGAGAAGGAGCUCAUCUGGCCCUCACGCCUUUCUGUUGUCAAAAUCCUCUUCCUACUGAAUCGGUAUAUCCUGUUCGGCGCGAUUUCCGGUGACUUAUAUUUAAUUCUUUCUCUUGAUCCAUCUGCUCGAGGCUGUAUUACUGCCUUUCGGAUAUGCAGCGCCUUCACAACUGCUGAGUAUUAUUUUGCAGAAUUGGUCCUGUACACUCGAGCAUAUGCUAUCUGGGGACGCACAAGAACGGCUCUACUCAUGAUUAUAGCUGUCAAUCUGGUCCUUGUCCCUCCUGGAUUUUAUCUGAUAUCAAUAACUCUCAAAGCAACUACCUCCGUUAAUCUACCUCUCUUCCCUACUGGUUGUAUAAUAAAUAUGAAUCGGCAACCUGUAAUACCUGCCAUGGUUACUGUCAUUGUCUCAGAAGCAAUUGCACUAAUAGCCGUGUUGGUUAGGGCCGCCAAAAUGCCACAAUCAAUGGUCAUGAAGCAAAUAUCAAACAGUGGCGUCUUCUUUUCUGCUAUAAUACUCUGCAUGACAAUGGCGAAUAUUAUUGUACUUAGCGCGGCAUCGCCACCAAUAUCCGACCUUCUCCUUACACCACAAGCAGCUGUUCACAGUAUAUGCUGCAACAGACUCAUUCUCCAGAUCAAAGGUGUUCCGACUCAGACACAACAUUCGCACGUCAUUACAACGUCCGCCCCUCAGGUGCAUCUUCGAUCCUAUGUAAACCAUAGCGAUGAUAUUGAAAUGCAGCCGAUGUAAAGAGGUAUUCUUAUCCUAUGUUAAGUGUGCAAUGGAUCUUAUUCAGCCGUGGUAGUACUUUUAUCACCGUACAUAUAUUACACAUAUUCACAUUGCCCAUUUCA